AUGGACUUUCUUGAGCUUUGGGGAAACAAUGGAGAUCUCCAUCUAGACUCUUCUAUCGGUCCGAGUGUAAAGGUAAACGGUAUGGAACUCAGCUCUCCAGAGCUACGUGGGAAUAUUGCUCGCUUUUUCUGCCAGCCCUGGUGGGGCCGCUUAUGGACUGUCCAAGAGUUUAUCUUGGCUAAGAAGAUAUUCUUUCAAAGUGGUCGGUGUACCUUGUCCGGAGACCUGCCCGGUAAAUGCGUACAGCAUCUCAGGAAGCACACCAGCGCCAUGUGUUGCACACAGUUAUCCUCUAUUAUGAGACUCACUGACUCGCAAACCGGCCUGUGUUUGAUGGAUGCCAUGUCGAAACCCAACCUGCUAGAACACGCAAGAUUCAAUCGAUUCCAUAGACCCUUCUAUUACAUAUUGCAGUUAUUCCGUCAUCUGGAGUGUACCGACCCUCGAGACAAGAUAUACGAUAUGCUAAACCUCGCAAUAGGCCCAUACAUGGACCUUAUCCUGCCAGACUACACACGCUCAUUGGAGAGUGUGUUGACCUUAGCUACAAUUUCAAUUGUGGAGAGAAGCCAAUCGCUGCAUAUAUUCAGCCUUCUACAUUAUGGCCGUCGCAACCUGACGAAGCUUCCUUCUUUCGUACCAGAUCUGACGGAAUCAGUCCUUUUAGAUGCCAAUAGACUCGAACAUACUGAUCGAGUCGAGAUGGUUCGACUCUUUCGCGCGUCUGGGGACUCGAAGUCAGACCUGAGACUCGUUAGCACAACGAAGGCUUCCACAAGCGGAUUCAUCUUCGACUCGGUAUCUGCCGUGGGGAUCCCGCUCGGUGCUAGCUCUCUUGAGAAUUGGCGAACUCUGGCUCAGGUAGAUGACGACCCCGAUGCAUCAUAUCCCCAGACCGACGUGUCGAGAGAAACAGCUUUCUGGCAAACACUUUGUGGAGGCUCUGUGGGAGCCAUAGUGCGAGGAGAAUACGAAUUCGAAGGAGUGGACGAUAGAACUGGUUACCAAAUGUACCAGCAAUGGAUCGCCUGGGUCACAGCACCUCAUGACUCUAUUGAGCAAAAAUCUCUUACUAGUCUUGAUGGCAUUGACUUCAACACAGCAUACUUGGCAGCUGCGGUCGGCCACCGAUUUUUCGUGACGCAAAAUGGGUACUUCGGACUCGCCCCAGCAACUACUUCUACUAGGGACUAUGUUACCAUACUCGCGGGUGGCCCUGUGCCGUAUAUACUUCGACCCGUAUCUGACGAAGUCUCGAUUGAGUAUAUACAUGGAACUGCUACCUCAGCUCUAGGCUACCGCAUUCUAGGAGACGCGUAUGUGCAUGGUAUCAUGGACGGCGAGCUAAGCAACCGGAAGUUCGAGGAUAUUGUACUGGUUUGA